AUGUCCUACUAUGACGUUGACUCUAUCCUGACAGACGCACAGAAACUGCCCUGCACAUUUGAACUUGAGGUGCCCGGGCUUGGCAUCUUGGAGGGCAAUCCUGGAGAAAAUAUCAAGGCAGGAACUCGGAUUGAUCUUCCAUUAUGGCUUGGGGUGAUGUUGUCAAUUGGAGCACGUCUGGGAACUUCACGAUUAGUUACACUUGACCUUCCAUCGGCAUUAUCAGACCGAGUAGUGAAUGCGCUGAAAGCCGAUCCCCGAACCGUGGAUCUGCGCUCAUUGGCACCGCACUUUUACAGUCUGAGCGAGCGGGUGCUCGAUCUCUUUGAAGAGGAAGAGAUGGUCGACGUUCUCAUCAACACAUUCAAAAAGCGCGCAGCGGAGAUUGCUGACCACGCGCAUAACCCCAAGGGCGCUUUAGGGGAGGGUGCAGAUUUUCUUCGAGGACUGGAUGAGACGGAGAGGCAAUUGUUCCGCGUGGCCCAUGAUAGCGCAAGGGAGACACGAAUCUGGGCGGGGGAGGCCAAAAAGAGAUGAUACAGCCAAUUUCAAAAUGGUUGUUAGGAGCUGAGCUGUGCUCGCUCUUAGUGUGUUAGGGAGAAUUCGUUUUGAUUAGUUCAUGAUGGAGAUCCAAGAUAUUGAUUCCAUGGUAUCAUUUCGUUGGUGCAUUGGGCUGGGCGUUUAAAGCAUGAACCUCAAGAUAUCGGCCAUUAGUCCUAAUUUCGAGCAAAUGACUCGCGAUUGACUUAAUAAUGCUAG